UCGUGUCACUUUCCCUUCCGGGUCGGGACCCCAGCGAUUUCCAGUCUUGCGUACCGCGGUUCGAACGCCCCCGGCCCCGCCCCUGCCCCGUUGCCAGGGCAUCCGGCGGCCCAGAGCCGGCAAGGUCGGCCAGGAGAGGAGGCGUGGUGUCCCGUGGCCGGCUGGGACUUCGUGGAGCCGAGCCGCCGGGACUACAGGAUGGGCUGAGGCGGCAGCGGCUCUCAGGACGAGGUUGACAGCGAGAGGCGCGACUCGGCAGAAGCCAGGCUUGAAAAUGGAGAUGUAUGAAACUCUUGGAAAAGUGGGAGAGGGAAGUUACGGAACGGUCAUGAAAUGCAAACACAAGGAUACUGGACGGAUAGUGGCCAUUAAGAUAUUCUAUGAGAAACCAGAAAAAUCUGUCAACAAAAUUGCAACAAGAGAAAUAAAGUUUCUAAAGCAAUUUCGGCAUGAAAACCUGGUCAAUCUGAUUGAAGUUUUUAGACAAAAAAAGAAAAUUCAUUUGGUAUUUGAAUUUAUUGACCACACAGUCUUAGAUGAGUUACAGCAUUACUGUCACGGACUAGAGAGUAAGCGACUGAGAAAGUACCUGUUCCAAAUUCUUCGAGCAAUUGAGUAUCUUCACAAUAAUAAUAUUAUCCAUCGAGAUAUAAAGCCUGAAAAUAUUUUAGUCUCCCAGUCAGGAAUUACUAAACUCUGUGAUUUUGGGUUUGCAAGGACACUAGCGGCUCCUGGGGAUGUGUACACAGACUAUGUGGCCACACGCUGGUACAGAGCUCCGGAACUGGUGUUAAAAGACACCUCUUAUGGAAAACCAGUGGACAUCUGGGCUUUGGGCUGUAUGAUCAUUGAGAUGGCCACUGGUAAUCCCUACCUUCCUAGCAGUUCAGAUUUGGAUUUGCUCCACAAGAUUGUUUUAAAAGUAGGCAACCUGACGCCGCACCUGCACAAUAUCUUUUCCAAGAGUCCCAUCUUUGCCGGGGUGGUUCUUCCUCAAGUUCAACACCCAAAGAAUGCAAGAAAGAAGUACCCAAAGCUCAACGGAUUGCUGGCAGAGAUAGUUCAUGCUUGUUUACAAAUUGACCCUGCAGAGAGGACAUCAUCUACUGAUCUUUUGCAUCAUGAUUACUUUACUAGAGAUGGAUUUAUUGAGAAAUUCAUACCAGAGCUGAGAGCUAAAUUAUUACAAGAAGCAAAGGUUAAUUCCUUCAUAAAGCCAAGAGAGAAUUUUAAAGAAAAUGAACCUGUCAGAGAUGAGGGGAAACCAGUUUUUACCAACACGCUGCUUUAUGGAAACACGUCACUUUAUGGAAAGGAAAUGGACAAAGACAAAAGGCCCAAGGAGAUCAAAGUCCGCGUUAUUAAAGUCAAGGGAGGGAAAGGAGAUGUCCCAGACCUGAAAAAGAUAGAGUGUGACGGGGACCACCGGCAGCAGGGCCCAGCCGAUGACACGCACAGCUCGUCUCAGGACAGAAAGCCUGCCGUCACCGAAGUGGCAAACCCUGUCAACCCCGGCAUGAUCCCUGAUGGUGUCAAAGAAGACCCGCAUGCUGGAGGCUGCAUGAUAAUGCCUCCCAUCAACCUGACAAGCAGCAAUCUGAUGGCUGCAAGUCUCAACUCCAACCUCUCCCACCCCAGUUCACGGUUAACUGAAAGAGCAAAAAAGAGACGCACUUCUUCACAAGUCAUUGGACAAACUUUGUCUAAUAGCAGACAAGAGGACACAGGUCCCACGCAAAGCCAAGUGGAGAAAGGCGUAUUUAAUGAUCGAACAAGUCAGAGUGACCAAAUGGCAAAUGGAAACAAAAGAAAGCUGAAUUUUUCCAGAUGCGACCGGAAAGAAUUCCAUUUCCCUGAACUGCCAUUCACAAUACAGGCAAAGGAAAUGAAAGGAACGGAAGUUAAACAGAUGAAAGUGCUGAAGAGAGAGUCAAAGAAAACAGAUUCACCUAAAAUACCAACUUUACUUACUGUGGACCCAAAUCAAGAAAAACAAGAGCAACUGUCUGAUACUUCGUCUUGCUUGGUGACAAAUUGGCCUGAGGAGUAUCUGAGUGGAGGGUCAGCCUGAGGCCAACCUCAGGAGCAGAGGGUUCUUCCGUUUACAGCAUCUUUCCUGGUUGGUGCAAGAGAGGCAACUUCAACUGGCCAUCCUGACCUCCCACUUGACCAUCCCCGACGCUCUGCUGGGGUCUUGCUACUCUAAAGGUAGAGUCUGACCCGUCCCACUGGAGAGGGCUCAGGACUUUUACCCGCUAGAGCACAGCAAGACUGACACUAAGCUCUGAGAUGUGGUCGCAGAGAACGAUACAGCCUCUGGCUUGUUGGCUGGAAUACUUUGAUCCCCAUAAAAUAUAACAAAACAAAACAGAAA